CUUAUUAAAAGAAAAAAACAGCAACGAUCAAGAAGAAGCAGAUAGCAGGAAAAACAAGCUUCAAGAAAAUUUGAUUUUUUAUUAAUUCGUGGUUGCGUGUUGUAUUUUUUAACGAAAAUUUAAUUAAUUUCCUUAAAAAUAAAAUGUAAAUUAAUAAAAAACAACACAAAGCAACAAGUGUUUCAUCAUUUACACUUAAUAGUAGUAAAAAAAGUUAAAACAAUUUAAAGAAAAGAGAAAAAUCCCCAGAAACUAACAACACCCCAUCAUCAAGAAUUUUUUGUGCUUAAUUUUUUUUUCAUUUACUGAAAAAAAGAAAAUUUUAUCAAGGUUUUUCCUAAAAAUCGCAAAUUUAAGCAAAAAUGUCUUUGCCUGGCAAUGGCAUAUUUGUGGUCCGGGGCGAAAUGUCCACUUUGAUGACCGCUAUGCGUAGAGGCUCCCGUUGGAAUGCCACCGCAUACGUGGAUGAGGAAAAAGAUGGUUUAAUGAAAUUAUUUAUGGACCUUAAGCAAGUGCUUAAUCGUAUUGAGGAUUUGCGCUUAAUCGAUCCGAAUAUCUUUUUGGCCCCCUUUCUGGAGGUCAUACGCACCGAAGAGACCACGGGAGCGGUCACUAGUUUGGCCUUAUCAGCUAUAAACAAAUUUCUUUCCUAUGGUUUGAUAGAUCCCACAUCCCCCAAUCUGGCGGUAAUAAUAGAAAACAUAGCUGAUGCAGUGACUCACGCCCGUUUCAUGGGCACCGAUCAGUCAUCGGAUGGUGUCACUCUCUUUCGUGUAGUUGAAGUUCUGCACACACUCAUGCGCAGUCCUGAAGGUUCAGUGCUAACGAACGAAGCUGUUUGCGAAGUUAUGUUAAGUUGUUUUAAAAUCUGUUUCGAACCAAGACUCAAUGAACUUUUACGCCGAUCAGCCGAGCAGGCCUUAAAAGAUAUGGUUCUAUUGCUGUUUAUGCGUUUGCCGCAAUUCGCUGAUGAUCGCAGUGAAUCGGGUUUAUUGAAGAAAUUUCAAAUGAUGGCUGCUUCCAUGGAAAAUGAUAAAAAGCAAAGGAAAAAAUCGCUUAAAACACAAACAUCAAGUGAUACGAAUCUGAAGCGUAGUCAGAGUUUAAAGGGUAAUGAUUUAACUAAACUGGGUACGGAGGAACAGCAGCAGCGUAAAAUUUCUACCCACUCACAGCCGGGAGAGGAUACUGGUACUCUACAGACACCAGGGCCGGUCAAUCAUUUGAAAGCUCCUCCCUUGGCCACCACACCAGCUACACCAGCUGGUAAUAUUGUAGACUUGCAGGGGAAAAUAACCCAAACUCCCACCUCUGCUUUAACACAACAAGCUGAUAGCACAGAUAUGGCGGUAGAUACUACAACCAUUAAUACUGAUGUUAACACCCCCUUGAUAUCGGUAGAACCAGCAUCACCACCCACUAAUAACAACACUGAAGCAGAUUUAGAACAACGUCCUCAGUCGCCCCAUUCCCAGGCGGGCAGUAGUGAAUAUAUAAAUUCUGUAGGAGUACGUUUUACCCAACAAAACUCUGUGGAUGGUUCAGAGGGUAUGGCACCCUUGGUGCCCUAUGGUUUGCCUUGUAUACAGGAAUUAUUCAGAUUCUUAAUAUUAUUGUGCAAUCCCUUGGAUAAACAAAACACCGAUACCAUGAUGCACAUGGGUUUAAGUCUGUUGACAGUGGCUUUUGAAGUAGGAGCCGAUAAUAUAGGCAAAUAUGACUCUUUGCUGCAGUUGGUUAAAGACGAUUUGUGUCGUAAUCUAUUUGCGCUUAUGAACUCUGAACGUUUGACCAUUUUUGCUGCUGAUUUGCAAGUUUGUUUCUUGCUUUUCGAAUCGCUGAGAGGUCAUCUUAAAUUCCAAUUGGAAUUUUAUUUAAGAAAACUGAACGAAAUCAUUGCCAGUGAUAAUCCCAAGACUCCCUAUGAAAUGCGUGAAUUGGCUUUGGAUAAUUUACUACAAUUGUGGCGUAUUCCUGGUUUCGUUACCGAGCUUUAUAUCAAUUACGAUUGUGAUUUAUAUUGCAGUGAUUUGUUUGAAAGUAUUACCAAUUUACUAUCUAAGUACACGCUCUCUGCCACAAAUGCCAUCUACAAUACCCAUAUAAUAGCUAUGGAUACUUUGAUUUCCGUGGUGGAUAGCAUAGAAAGUAAUUGUGCUGCCGCCAAAAAUACCAAUUCUUCGACUAAUGUAACUAAUACAGCAGAUUCAACAAAUCCUAAUAACCCCUCCUCUGCCCUCAGGCACUCACGCCACAAUUCCGGUUUAGAAGGCAUUGUAAUCGAUGAUCCCAAUAAUAUGGAAGACACUAAAGUGGAAAAUAUUUCCAAAUUUCUUAACUCCUCUACACGCAUACGUUUACUAUCGGGUGAUACUGCUGCCGAAAAGGCUAUUACACGUGAAUAUCUAAAAGAUGUCAAAAACAAAAAACGUAUUCUCAGUCAAGGUACUGAACUUUUCAAUCAAAGACCCGAUAAGGGCAUACAAUUCUUACAGGAGAAUGGUAUUUUAAAUCCUCAACUUGAUCCCAUGGAAGUGGCUUUAUUCUUACGUGAAAAUCCUGGUCUUGAUAAGAAAAUGAUUGGAGAAUAUAUAUCGAAAAAGAAAAAUGUUGAUUCUAAAAUUCUUAUGAAUUUUGUGGAAUCAUUUGACUUUAAUGGUUUGCGCGUUGAUCAGGCGCUGCGUUUGUAUUUGGAAACAUUCCGUUUGCCCGGUGAGGCUCCAUUGAUUUUCUUGGUUUUGGAACAUUUUGCAGAUCAUUGGCAUAAACAAAAUGGUGAACCCUUCGCCAAUACCGAUGCUGCCUUUAGUGUGGCCUAUGCUAUUAUUAUGUUGAAUAUGGAUCAACAUAAUUCUAAUGCCAAACGUUUAAAUGUACCUAUGACUCAGGAAGAUUUCUUAAAAAAUCUAAGAGGUCUCAAUGGUGGUAGUGAUUUUGAUCAAGAACUUUUGGCCACCAUAUUCAAUGCCAUUAAAAACGAAGAAAUUGUUAUGCCGGCCGAGCAGACUGGUCUAGUGCGUGAAAAUUACUUGUGGAAAGUGUUAUUGAGACGUGGUGCCACUUCGGAUGGUGCUUUUAACUAUGUACACGAUGCCACUUAUGAUAUGGAAAUCUUUAAUGUUAUAUGGGGUCCUUCGUUGUCUUCUUUAAGUUUUAUGUUUGAUAAGAGCAGUGAAAAUGGUUAUCAAAGAACUUUGGCCGGUUUUACCAAAUGUGCAGGCAUUUCGGCUUUCUAUAAUCUUUAUGAGGACUUUGAUGCCUUGAUUUUGACCUUGUGCAAGUUCACCUCCAUUUUAAGCAGUGCCCAACAAGAGGCCCCUAACCCAGCCUUAAACGAAAUAGUGCAAGCGGUUAAUUUUGGUUUGAAUCCUAAAGCUCAAGCAGCCAUGCGCACGGUAUUUGCUUUGGUCCAUGAUUAUGGUGAUUCUUUAAGAGAUGGCUGGCGCCAUAUCUUGGAUAUUUAUCUGCAACUAUUCCGUUUGAAAUUAUUACCCAAAUCUUUAAUGGAGGUAGAAGAUUUUUGUGAACCUUCUGGCAAGGCUCAAUUGAUACUAGAGAAACCCAGUCAAAAACAAGAAUCUGGUUUAUUCUCUAGUCUUUACUCCUACCUCUCCUCCGAGGGUCAAAGAGAACCUUCCUAUGAGGAACAGGAAUUUAUUAAAAUAGGAAAGAAAUGCAUUAAGGAAUGCCAAUUGGAUCAAAUGAUUCAGGAAUCGAAAUUUGUGCAAUUGGAGUCAUUGCAGGAGUUAUUGAAACAGGUGUUGGGUUCUGUUAAGGCUCCUAAUGCCCACAAAUCUAUAGGCAUGCCUUUUUCAGAGGAUAUUGUGGUGUUUUGGAUGGAGUUUUUGGUGAAAAUUGUUAUUUACAACAGAGAUCGCAUGAUACCCUUGUGGCCGGCUGUUAGAGAUCAAAUGUAUUUACUGUUAAUGGGCAGUGCCUCCUGUGGUUAUGAUUAUUUACUCAACCGUUGCAUAGUAGCCAUGCUUAAGUUGGCCAUUUAUCUAAUGCGCAAUGAAGAAUUGUGUCCGGUGGUAUUGAAAUCCUUAAAAAUGCUGCUGAUGCUAAAGCCCAGUGUCAUCUUGCGCAUUUCUAAACAGAUUUCUAUAGGCAUGUAUGAAUUACUCAAGACCUCGGCUCAAAAUAUACAUUCCGAACAGGAUUGGCAAAUAGUUUUUACAAUAUUGGAAUGUGUAGGCGCUGGCGCAGAGCCGCCAGAAUAUGAAGAUGCUUCACUGCCGCAACCCAAUGGUAUGACAGCCAAAUCAGAUGGCGCUUUAAGUAGUGAGGAGGAUUCCGGUCUGCCUGAUAGAGGUUAUAUAUCAGACUCGGAAUUGGCUGGCAAACAAGCUACAAGAACUCAACAAACUCAGCAAGCAGGACAACAGCAGCAAAAUUCCAAUACCAGCAGUCCCUUUCCCUCUAGUCCCACGGCAGAGAAUUGGAUUUUGGUUAAUAAAGAUACGGACUUAACAGCGGCUGCUUCACGGCCACAAUCACCACCAGAAUCCUUGGCAGGGGCGCCCACUUUAUCUAAUCUUAUCUACAAUUGCAAGCUAAUGGAUCAUAUGCCUUUUGCUUUAUUCAAAUGUUGGGACUCUUUGGCCUUUAUAGUACGCAAUGUGGCCCAUAUAACACCCUACAACUUUGAGAGUUGUGUCCGCUGUAUACGCACCUUUGUGGAGGCCUGCCGUGAUGGUGGCAUACGUCAAAGACGUAAAUUUGAGGCCUCCUUAUUAGCGGGAGGACAAAAUCAAAAGAAACGUGCGGCCAACAAACGUAAUACUAGCGCAAAUGAACGCUCCAAACAUCAUAGCCAUGAUAGUCAUGGUCAUUUGGAAAACACUGGCGAUAUUGGAGAAGAAAACGAUGAUGAUUUGGCUCAACGUUAUGAGACUUUGUCCAUACAAUUGCUAGAUCUUAUGUACACUUUGUAUACCCGCACUGCUCAGAUAUUCCGCUGGUGGGCCGAAGAAGGCUGUGCUGUGCCUCAGUGCUCUGCCUUAUGGGCUCAGGGUUGGUGUCCUCUUUUACAGGGCAUAGCCCGUUUAGCCAUGGAUAGACGCCGUGAGGUUAGAACCUACGCCAUAUCCUGUCUUCAACAAAGAGCUUUACUUGUGCACGAUCUACAAACUCUCUCCGGUACUGAAUGGGCUUCCUGUUUCCAACAGGUUCUAUUUCCUCUACUCAACGAACUGCUACCCGAUAGCCCGGCUGUGGCACUGUUAGAUCCCAUACUCCUAGAAGAAUCACGUAUACGUACCGCCACCAUUAUGUCAAAAGUUUUCUUACAUCACCUAACCCCCCUGAUAGAACUGGGUAAUGCUUUCAAUGAACUUUGGAUACAAAUUUUAGAUUAUAUAGAAAAGUUCAUGAAAGUUGGUUCGGAUAUGCUGUCGGAACAAAUGCAAGAAAUUUUAAAAAAUAUGCUGCUGGUCAUGCAUUCAGUAAGAGUUUUCCAUAAUAAUGAUGGCUCCCUGCAUAUGGCUUUGUGGGAGUUAACCUGGAAGAGAAUAGGAGAAUUUUUACCCAAUCUUAAAGAUGAACUAUUCCGGGAUGAGGGAAAUCGAGCUCAUGUAAUGCAUCAGCAACAACAAUCAUCAACACCAUCCACAACAACAACUAUAAAUGCUGAUCUAAAUAGAAUACCAACGGUGGCCAUAGUACCGCAACCUCAGGCUUUAAUACAACAGCAAACGGCUCCCAUACAAAUUCAGCAACAACAACAACAAUCACCUUUAUUAAUGUCACCAGUGGAAUCACCACGUCAUAGCAUUAUAUUACAGCCUCCUCAAGCAGAGGCUUUACAAAAGCCGACCUUUAUAUUGGGACAAUUACCACCAUCUAAUGCUAAUAUGGUACCCAUGCCUAUGUUAGUGCCACAACAACCUCAACAGCAGCAGCAGGUCCCUUUAAUGCCCCAAACAACCUUAGAUGAUAUACCCUCUACGAGUGAUAUUUUACUAACACAAACUAUAGAACCCGAAGCUACGCUAACUACCAAUACAACUUCUCCUAUACACCAGCUAACAGCUUCCGAAGCUGUUAGCACAAUGACCAAUGAACAGAUGACAAAUCAAGCAACCGCCACUGCAGCAACCUCUAAUGUUCCUACCGGUGUUAAUAGCAUGCCAUUGAGUUCUACAAUGACAGAAGCAACAGCAGGUUGUAAUUCAUAUUCCAUAGAACUAUUUGAGACACCACCAACUGCAUCAGCACCAACAGCCAGCUCACAGAAAAGUUAUCAGCAACAACAAGCGACUCAUUCCCAGGACUCUUCCGAAACUCAAUCGUCAAACGAAACUCAUCAGAGACAGGAGAGCAUGCGCCAGUUACUGCAGCAGCAAUACAAUCAAUAUUAUCAAAACUAUCAACACCAUCAGACCAUAAUGCAACAUAUGAAAAAAAUGGCCAAUGAUUCGAUGAACACCAGUAAAGAAGCUAAUAAUACCAGCACAUUCAAUACAUCCAUCUUAAGUGGCGAUGAAGUUUCAACCAUAUCAGAAAGUGCUGAAGAUUAUAGACCUCCACCCACACAAGCAACCACAACAUCAGCGUCAGCAGUCAAUACAUCGGCCAAUGUGCCAAUUUCCCAUUUAUUGGCCGGUAAUGAGUAUCCCUCGCUACACAAGCAGCCACCAACUGCCAUUGUACAAAGUUUUGCUCCCGUCUAUGUGCAGUCGGCCCAACAGCCCCAAGCAGGCAAUGAUAUCUAUCAGGAAUAUGUGCAAAAUCCCUAUAAUUUAACGCUGCAACAAACGAAUGCCAAUAUCACAGCUCCUCCCUUGGUGAGUGUGGAACAACAUCAACAAAACUUACGACAAUUACAGCUGCAAUAUCAGCAACAACAACAGCAGCAGCAGCAACAACAAAUGGCUCAACAGCCUUCCUCUACACAAGCUACAGCUUCACAACAUCUUAAUCAUACGGAAGCAUUUAAUAGCCCUGCCAAUUAUUUCACCUCCACUGUGGAUCCUAAUUCUAUACCACCCGGUUCAGAAAUGCUGUUUGGUCAACCCUAAAAUGCUUGUUAAUCUAAAAGGUUUUAUUAAUAUAGAGUUG